AUGCAAAUCCAGCUUGAGUCUCGAGCAGAUCCACCUUUCCUGAUUCAUUCGCCUUCUUUGCCUCUGUCAAGACAUCACUUUUCCGCUGUCUCCAAAAUGCUGUCGGCCAUUUCUGAGCACAAGCAGUUUUACGUCAAUGAUGGCAUCCUGCCCAGCAAGUCAAUUGGUUUGUUAAAGGCUACUACCUUGGAUACGCCAAUGGAGGAGAUUCGGAGACGGUACAAGGAGGAUGGCUACGUCUUUCUCAAGGGAAUUUUGCCACGAGAGGAUGUCGUUAAGGUCAGGCAGAAAUACUUUGAGAUGCUUGCCCCCACUGGCGUUCUCGCUCCAGGAAGCAAGCCGGUCGAUGGUAUCUUCAACACCUCUCAGGACCGGCUCAACUUCCCCGGCAUCGGUGCUGGAACUGCCAACUCGACAGACGCUGAAGGCCACGUCACGGGCCCAAACCCAAAGGUUGCGCGUCUGUUUGGCGAUCUAGCUAUGCAAGCUCACCAUGAGGACUGGUAUAAGGAAGACCUCUGCCAGCACCCGGCCCUACAAGACUUUAUCGCCAAGAUGACUGGCUGGGGCGAUAACACUCUUAGCAUCCGCAGAACUCUCCUACGCAACAAUAUGCCCCAGAAUAAGGCCAUCGGGGUUCACUACGACCAGAUAUUUCUUCGACACGGCGAAGACACCGUCAUUACAGCUUGGGUUCCUAUUGGAGACAUCAAGAUCGACGGCGGAGGCCUCAUCUAUCUAGAAAAGGGGCAAGAGAUUGGGGCCCAGAUUGAACAAGACUUCACUGACCGCGCUAAAGCAGCCGGUCUCACUGAUGAGGAGAUGAAGAACGCCUACAAUCGAAACAUGAAUGGCGGUGGUUUGCUGGCCGAGGGCCCUGCCGGCUUCGCCAAGGAGUACAACAGACGGUGGCUGCUGACGGCUUAUGAAGCUGGCGACGUUGUGCUUCACAACUCAUACGCCAUCCAUGCCUCUUGCAUCAACCAUGACAAGGACAAUGUGAUUCGGCUCGGAACUGAUCUACGCUACGUGGACUCAAGCCGGCCUUGGGACACUAGAUGGUCCAACGUUCUCCGACCGGGCGAUGGCUUGUAA